UUUAUAUUUUUUCUUUAGCGAAGAAUAUUUCUACCAACUGAUGAUUCGUGAUUUCGGAAAUUUUGGAGUAUUACGUUUUUCGGAACCAGCAUCUAUAAAAGAAUUAGCUUUAAUAGCAUUAGAUAGCGAGGAGAGUGGAUGGACUGAAACGGAUGGUGAGAAAUCUGAUUUAGCACAAUACAUAGUAGAUUUCCUACAGACAAAGGCGGAAAUGCUGGAUGAUUAUUUUUCUUUUGAAAUUGACAAGGAUGGAAAUUUGUGUGGAUUACCUUUGUUAUUGGAAAAAUACAUUCCAAAUUUAGAAGGACUUCCUAUAUACAUGCUGAGAUUAGCAACCGAAGUAGAAUGGAACAAAGAGCAAGAAUGUUUCCAGACAUUUUGUCGGGAAACCGCCCGUUUCUUUUCCCUUCCACCAAAUUCGAAUAAAUCCGAAAAUGAGGAAAGAACGGAAUGGGAGUGGAUGAUGGAACACGUCCUUUUUUCUUCUUUCCGAUCUUCCUUUCUUCCACCUUCCCACUUUGCCGAAGAUAGUACGGUAUUACAAUUGGCAAAUUUACCGGAUCUGUAUAAAGUGUUUGAGCGUUGUUAAACUCUGAGACAAAAAAGAUACAUAAACGUACAUUUAUUAAAUAAUACAGAAUCACAAGACGGAAAAAAACACCAUAAAGAUUCCAUGAAACUUAAUAGAAUAUGUCAAAUACUUAAAGGUAAGAAAAACUGAUAUUUAAAACAGUUUAAUAUUAAAUUUGUCUUUGAGAUAGAGAGAUAAUUUAAAGUAAUAUACAGUACACGGCAAGUCCUCCCUUAAUGUU